AAAACGGUCUACCCGUACAUGCCUCAUUUUCCUCUGAGAGGAUUUGGGCCAAAAUAUUAGCAGGGCAGCUACAGAGAUUAACAAUAGAUCAAAACAGUAGUUUGUAUUAGUGCAAUACAGCUCAAUACCAUCUAACAUAUAUUUUAUAUAUAUUUUCUAAAAGUUCAAAGUCUAUGCUUGAAAUAUAUAUUUAACAAAUUUCAAGAUCAAAAUCAGAAAUAAUUUAAUACAGGGUCACCUUUCUGAUUUCAUUCUUCAUAUAUUUUUCCUUACAGGUUACUUACAGAUCUAGCUCUGUAGUUUUAGAAGAAACAGUUUGGAGAGUGCAAGACAGACAGACAUGGAGUUUUUGAGCAUCAUAUUGUGUAUCAUUGUCACCUGGAUAUUCAUCCAAGCCCUCCGUUCAAUUUCAAGAGCUAAAACAAAGUCCAGCAAGCUUCCACCGGGACCAAAACCGUUACCCAUCAUCGGAAACCUUCACCAGCUUGGUAACAAACCCCAUAGAUCCUUGGCUGAGCUUGCAAAAAUUCAUGGCCCUCUAAUGACCAUGAAGCUUGGCCAGGUAACUACCAUAGUUGUUUCUUCAGCAACCAUGGCCAAAGAAAUCCUUCAAACACAUGACCAAUCCUUCUCCAACAGAACCAUCCCAGAUGCACUCCGAGCACAACAACACGACAGUGUUGGGUUACCGUGGAUUCCAGUGUCCCCCUUGUGGCGAACCCUUCGAAAAAUUUGCAAUACCCAGUUGUUUGCAGUUAAGAUACUCGAUGGCAAUCAAAAUCUUAGGAAGAGGAAAGUGCAAGAGCUCCUUGCUGAUGUUCAUAGAAGCAGCCUAACUAGGGAAGCAGUAGAUAUUGGCAGCGCAGCUUUCACGACGACACUCAACCUCUUGUCAAAUACUAUUUUUUCCGUUGAUUUGGCAGAUCCUAAUUCCGAAAUGGCCAGAGAUUUCAGAGAGACCGUGUUGAAUAUCAUGGAAGUUGCUGGGAAACCCAACCUGGGGGACUUUUUUCCCGUUCUUAGGAAGAUUGACCCCCAUGGCAUAAGAAGAAGCAUGACGGUCUAUUUUGGGAGGGUAUUGGACCUGUUCGGCAGAAUCAUUGACCAAAGGUUGCAAUUCAGAAAAUCACCUGGCUCCAUCAGACAUAAUGACGUGUUAGAUACCCUUCUCGAUAUUACAGAAGAAAACAGCGAGGGGAUUAAUAAAACUCAAAUUCUGCAUUUGUUACUGGUUCUAUUCGUAGCUGGAACGGAUACAACUGCAUCCACAUUCCAAUGGGCAAUGGCAGAGCUGCUCCGGAACCCAGAGAUAAUGUCCAGAGCCAGAGCAGAAUUGGAGCAAAUCGUCGGAAAACGAAACCCAGUUGAGGAAUCAGACAUUGCUCGCCUACCAUACUUACAAGCCGUUGUGAAAGAGACCUAUCGGUUGCACCCAGUGGUUCCAUUGUUGCUUCCUCGUAAAGCCGAAGCGGAUGUAGAAAUCCGAGACUUCAUUGUCCCAAAGAAUGCUCAAAUUUUUGUGAACGCAUGGGCAAUCGGCAGGGAAUCAAGCACUUGGGAGGACCCAAACUCAUUCAAACCAGAGCGGUUCCUGGGGUCCGAAAUUGAUGUAAAAGGCAGAAGCUUUGAGCUUAUUCCAUUUGGUGGGGGACGAAGAAUAUGUCCUGGAUUGCCAUUGGCCACAAGAAUGUUGCAUUUGAUGCUGGGUUCGCUUAUCAACUCCUUUGAGUGGAAGCUUGAAAAUGGAACUAAACCAGAGGACUUGAAUAUGGAGGAUAAGUUUGGGAUCUCGUUGGAAUUGGCGCAACCAUUGAGAGCUGUCCCUCUUUCACUUUAAGGAUUUGUUGUACUAAGACUUCAUUGUAUUAAUUCAAUUAUGUUAUCUUAUAUUAUAUUAAAAUGGAUUUUAUUAAAUUA